AUGGCCAAUGAACAACCAUCCCAGCUCGCGGUCGAAGAGUCAAACAAUCUAGUACAAACUGAUGUAAAUGGACAUCACAACCCUAAUCAUGCUACUUUGCACCAAGCCGGCACACAAGCCGUUCAUAACGACCACACGAGCAGAUUCGACUCUCACCACGUAAGAGGAGAGCACGCAACGUGUCACGAUUUCCUUUGUCAUUCAUUAUUAUCGACAUCUCGAGUGUGGGAUUUACUACUCUCAUGUAUCCCGGCGUCGUUCACACGCCGUGGUUCAGUGACGACCGGAAACGGACCCGAACGGCGACCACGUCCAACGAGGAGACUUACAAAGACUCGCCGAAGAGAAGAUAUUCAGCUGAACACUCUCUCUGAUCCAAGCCAUUCAUACGAAGCCCCUAAUGCUGCCUCUCCACGCCGGAAACGCAACCGACUCCGUAGUCACCGUCGACCAAUCUCUACAGUAUCUACAGGUCAAGGAUCUCACUCUGGAGAUCUCCAGCAAAGCACGCACUCUAAUAUCCCGACGCGAAUGACGACUGGCUCGACCAUUGACCCUCGGCACCGAUCAUCAUCACGCAAUUCACAUUUGCAGGGGAACAAUUCUGCCUUUUUGAACUCGUUACGAGCGGCACCACGCCCGCCGUUGGUACCGUUUCCUCUGCACCUUCCAGACGACAUCCUACGGUGCAUCUUUGAAAACGCGGCGUAUGACGAUAUAGACACGGCAUGCUCACUCGUGCUCGUGGCUUCGCAUGUCAAAGAAUGGGUAGACCCCAUCUUAUAUUCGGCUGUGCGGCUGGAGGGACCGAGUCAGAUUCGGCUUUUUGCGAGGACAGUCAGGGAGUCGUUUGAUUCCCAGACGAGCGGAACAACAAGCAGACCGCGAACUCCCAUCGACUUGUCAUCCAGCAUGCCACAUUUACCGUUGCCACCGCUAAUUCCCUACGCACAACCCCGACGUUCCAUUUCCAUUGACAGCCUUCGAGCCAGCAUCCACACCCAUGCGCAUCAUGCGUAUGUGCCACCCAGUCCGAACCGACAACGCUUCCUCUCUGAUCAGCAGUCCCCCCGAAUCAAGAAGCGGCCCUCUUUCUUCAAGCACGUACGCAGUCUCGCGCUCUUGCCUCAGGAAGAUCGUGUAUUGCUCUUCUUCCGUGACGUCUUACGGGAUGCAAUCUUGAUCAUGUCUGCAUGCGUCAACGUAGUCGAACUAGAGACGACAGGCGAUUUCCUGCGGCGGACAAAUGUCGCCGGGAAUCUACAGAGAUUCACGGACAUCAUCAUCUAUUGA